AAAAUUUUCCAAAAAAAUCCUAAAAAUACUAAAACUGUGACUCGUAUCAUAAUACCUGCCAACACAAUCAGAUUAGGAUUUUCUUGUGUUCACGUAUUGCUCUGCUCUAGUUCCCAGGCAGACGCUGAAAUUGUCAAAUUUAGUCUCAGAGUGUCCUGCAGAGCACUGAUAAAGGAUGCACACCCACAUCAGUUCGUCCUUGGCUUUUACGUUUCAGAUAAGUGAGCCAGCCAUACCAACGGUCACAAGGCACACUCGCAUUCUUGUUAUUCAGUCCUUGCCGCAAAGAUGGGUGUGUGUGUUUCCCUUCCAGAACCAGUGAUGGCUGUUCCGCUGCCUCCACACCAGACUGAAGCUCUGCUGAAGAAGUUCCCACAAGGAAGCCUCCCUAAUGGGAAGGAGGCGACCAAGGACGGCCUGCAUGCCAGAGGCCAGUGGGCCAGCAAGGCCGAGUUCCUCCUGGCUGUGGCGGGGCAGAUCAUCGGCCUGGGAAACGUCUGGAGGUUCCCCUACCUCUGCUACAAAAACGGAGGAGGUGUAUUCUUUGUUCCCUACUUGCUGUUCCUGGUGUUGUGUGGCAUCCCCCUGUUCCUCCUGGAGACCUCGCUGGGACAGUACACCAGCCUGGGAGGGGUCAGCGCCUGGAGGACUGUUUGCCCUUUAUUUGGAGGACUCGGCUACGCUAGCCAGGUGAUGAUCCUCCACGGUUGUGUCUACUACAUCGUCAUCCUGGCCUGGGCUCUCUUUUACCUGUCCUACAGCUUCCAGGCGGAGCUGCCAUGGUCGCACUGUAACAACACGUGGAACACCGCCGCUUGUGUCUUGUUCAACCAAAACAACCAGACGGUUAAUGCAAGCGGCAUGCCUGAGAACGCCACCUCUCCGGUUAUGGAGUUUUGGGAACGGGAGGUUCUCCGCCUGUCCAGCAGUUUGGACGAACUGGGUCCAAUCAACUGGAAGCUGGCGUUGUGUCUGGCCGUCAUCUGGCUCGUCUGCUACUUCUGUGUCUGGAAGGGAGUCAAGUCCACCGGAAAGGUGGUGUACCUGACGGCCACAUUCCCAUAUGUCAUGCUGUUUGUGCUGCUGGUGCGCGGUGCCACUCUGCCGGGAGCGAUGCAGGGCAUCAUCUACUACCUCAAACCCAACCACACCCGCCUGGCAGACCCACAGGUAUGGAUGGAUGCAGGUACCCAGAUAUUUUUCUCUUAUGGAAUCUGCUUGGGAAGUCUCACAGCCCUGGGCAGUUACAACAAAUACAACAAUGACUGCUAUAAGGAUUCUUUCAUGCUGUGCCUUCUGAACAGCAGCACCAGUUUCCUGGCAGGUUUCGCCAUCUUCUCGGUGCUGGGCUUCAUGGCUGAGGAGCAGGGCGUGGAUAUAUCAGCCGUGGCCCAAUCAGGACCUGGUCUUGCUUUCAUCGCCUACCCCAGAGCUGUGUCCAUGAUGCCUCUGCCCCAGCUCUGGGCCGUCUGCUUCUUCCUCAUGAUCAUCAUGCUGGGCCUGGACACGCAGUUUGUGAGCCUGGAGGCCCUGAUGACGUCGGUGGCCGACCUGUACCCUCACGUGAUCCGACGAGGCCACCGCAGAGAGCUGCUGCUGCUGGGCGUCUGCAUCGUCUGCUUCCUGGUCGGGCUGGUCAUGGUCACGCCGGGUGGUCUCUAUGUGUUCCAGAUCUACGACCAUUUCUCCUGCAGUGGAGCCAGUCUGCUGCUUCUCUCCAUCUUCCAGUCUCUGGCCAUCGGCUGGGUCUACGGAGCCGACCGCUUCUGCGACAACAUCAGGGAUAUGACCGGCUACAACCCGUCGCCUGCCUUCAAGCUGUGCUGGAAAUACUUGACCCCGGCCGUGUGCACUGCCACCUUUGUGUUUUCCCUGGUGCGCUGGUCUCCUCUAAACCUGGUCAAAGGGCUGGUCGCUCCAGCUUGGGCCACUAUACUGGGGUGGCUUCUUACCCUCUCCUCCGUCUCCCUGCUUCCUAUCUGGGCCAUCUACGUCCUCAUCACCACCCCGGGGACUCUGCCACAGCGCUUCCAUCGUCUCUGCAGCCCCACCAAACCCUCAUCCCUGGCCUUCCACCCGUUCUCCACCAACGGCUCGGCGCUCGCCUACAGCCCCACGCUGCCUCUCACCGAGAAACCAAAGGAGGCGUUCACUGGGAUCGCGCAAGACCAGAAGACCUGAAAACGGUCGACGUAGACCUAACGCCGGACGCUGCUCAGCCGAACCGAGUGUGCCGAACUGGAGCGUUAACGCAGCUGGAUCCCGACAGAGGGGCUGGAUGACUCAGAGACUUCUUUUACAGACUGAAUGUGUUCUGGUUUUACAUCAGAGGGUUUGACUUUGGGGGGGGCGCCAUCACUGUAUGCUCAGCGUCCCACAAGCCGCGGCACGCAGGUGAACAUUUAAAGCUGGGGUAGGCAGUGUUAUGUAUAUUUUAGCAUCUUCGGGGAGAAUUGUAUAUAAUCUUUAAAGCAUUUUGUAAUUCAUUUGGUCUGGGAGGAAACUAGACUUCUGCAUAUCCUCUUGGCUCUGUUUUUGGAUGAAGCUGCAAAUAAUGGUUGUAUAUUUUCAAAUUCUAGCUUUUUGUUUGUUUUUAUCCCACCCCAGCUUUAAUGGAGCAUUCAGGUGACCAGAUAUUUACAUUUUGGACACACGAAUGUGAGAUUUUGUCUGUAGCUGCAGGAAAAAUACGUUUACAGUCCACCAAGUGUGUCCGGCAACGCGUGACGGAACAUCAUGUUUGAUAUGUGACUGCAGCCGUGUGGCUCAGGUUUGCCGUUUGGAGGCUUCAACAGAAAGUCCAGCCCUGAACCGGGACACAGUUUGCGUAACCUUUAAGAGCAGCUCCACGCUUCGUUCCCGGCCGCCAGAGUUGGUUUUCGUAAAACAGCACACGCUCCUGGAUCUUAACUGUUUUAUCUCGUUAAUUAGCAACUCUCUGGCUUCGUUUUUAUUGCAGUUACUGUAGAUGAGGACCAUGUAAUCACAACCCUUAGAGCUUUUCAAUGCAGCUAAAUAGAAACGCAGAUGUUCCUUCCUUUUUUUUUGUUUUGCCAGCAUUACACAGCUAUCAUUACUUUUUAUCCUCUCUAUGAGAGCUUGAGAGAUCACCGCUUGUGUUGACAUGUCUGCUUAGAUUUUGACUCUCCAAUGAAUAUGACUUGAUUUGUUUUGGGUGAAGGUAUCAUGAAGAAAUGACUCCAUGAGUCAGACAUGUAUUAUACAGUGAUUUAUCAGGAUUAUUUUUGGUUUUUUUGUACGUGCUUCACCCUCUCAAAGAGUUUAAAUGGUUCAUAACGCCUUCAACCAAGUUGAGCUGAUGCAAGAGUUGCGUUAGCCGCUCUUUACUGCCGAUUUACAAAGUGCUCAUUUGAUAUAUUAGCACUUUAUGACAGGCAAAGUAACUGACAUGUGCAGUAGUCUGUUUUCAUCCAUUGCAUAUAUUCGUUGUUUUCAAAAAGUUAGCAGCAAAGUUUUGCCGUUUUUCUUUAAGUUGCUGUUUCAACUGUUCACAUCACACAAAAAGCAUUAUUAGCACGUAUUUGCACUGUAACAGAAAUCACUUAUCAAGAUGGGAAACAUGCAAUCAUAGCGUCUAAAUCAGACCUCCACUUUUCUUAAAUUCUAUGUACCAAAAGUUUAAGUUAAAAUGUUUUUUUUUAAUAACUCCACCACUCCAUCAUGAUUCUUUUUUGCAGAGAGCUUUAAUUGUAAUGUUUGAAUGGUAACAUGCAGUAGAGGUGCAAUGUCGGGAUGUUUAUGUCAUCAGAAGAAGAACCGCAUAGAAACACGGCCUCAUGUUUGUUUUCUUUCCUUUAUUAAGCCCUGAUGACAUGUGUACAUCUGUCUGGAAGAAGGUAUUUCAUAAUCAGCUCAUAGCAUCAUGUUGGAGCAGAGCGUGCAGCAAGACCAUGCUUUAAUAAUUUACUUUACAACCUACUUCUUGCCUUUUUUUUUUAUCAUCAUCAUGACGUCUUUUUUUUCAGCGUCUCAGUGGGGUUUUUGGUUGCGAUGUGAAAUUAACUUACUGUACUGUAAGUCUGGAACAGAAUGUACCCUUCACUUGUGUCGAACCUCCAAACAAAAAGCAUUUCUUGAGCAAAAUGUUCGAUAACGAUUUAAUCAGUUCCUUAUGCAAACUUGAAAACUGCUGUCAUUCAGACCUGGAUCAGUGUGUUUGAUUGAAAUCCUCGGAGAAUAAUUUAGCGAGAAGCAUCCAUCUGGUGUCUUCUAAAGGCUUUCGCACUGAUCCAUGUGUGUCAUCUCUGUUUACAGGUGUGCCUCUUUGUUUUAAAAUGUUUUGUAUGUGUACCAUUUGUUUUCUAAAAUGAAUACAUCUCUCUCUAUAUAUCUA